AUGUUGCUGACAAUAACAAGACAGUACGAUACAUCCGUCGUCCUGGAGAAGCCUCCUUCCUCCUGUCCCAGUGGCGAGGUGUCGUCUACUUCAUCAUCCUCGUGGUGUGCCGAGGAGGAACUGGAGCAGGACGACGUCUAUCCUCCGUGGGGCGCGAGUGUGGCCGCCGCUCUCCGGGGGGCAGCGGCUCCGUCCUCCUCCUUGGCUGCCAUGUCAUCAACGUCAGCAGCUGGACCUGUGGCCAGCAGCUCGACGUCCACUUCGGCCACAUCCACCCCGGCAGGGAAUCAACAACACCUUCCACCCAUCAUGUGUGGAGCCGAGAUGAUGUCCGAGGAGGAGUCCACGGCCGUCUACAUAAACAACAACCUACCCAUCAAUGCUUUUCCAACGAUUGAAGACAUUCGUCGAAAGGGGAAGCUUUGUGAUGUCACACUCAAGGUGGGGGAGCAGAAGUUCACUGCACACAGGAUUAUUCUAGCAGCCACCAUUCCUUACUUUCAUUCCAUGUUUACCCAUGACAUGGUGGAAUCAAAGCAAGACGAAAUCCUUAUGCAUGGUAUUGAAUCUAGUGCUCUGGAAUCUCUGGUGAACUUUGCCUACAAUGGUCGGUUAGAGAUUAACGUGAAUACGGUUCAAUCUCUAUUAGUGGCUUCCUGCUUUCUACAACUCCAGUGUGUCAAAGAAGCUUGUUGUAACUUCCUGAAAACCAGACUCCAUCCUCAGAAUUGCCUUGGUAUCCGGAGUUUUGGAGAGCAGUACAUGUGUCCAACUCUUGUGGAAGCUGCCAACAAAUAUAUCCAAAAGCACUUCAAGGAUGUUGCGAAAUCUGAUGAAUUUCUCAAUCUUGACAAAAGUGAAGUCCUUGAGAUAAUUUCCCGAGAUGAGUUACAUGUCAAGACAGAGGAACAGGUAUUUGAAGCUGUGAUUUCUUGGGUAAAGAAAAAUGGUGAAAAAAGAAAAGAGGCUUUACCUGAGUUAAUGGUGCAAGUCCGCCUCCCAUUGCUUACACCACAAUACCUCUCUGAUUGUGUUGCUACUGAGGAAUUAAUCAAGAGCUCUAUACCAUGCAGGGAUUUAUUAGAUGAAGCUAAAGACUAUCACUUAAUGCCUGAGAGACGGCCUCUUCUUCAGACAUUCAAGACUCGACCUCGUUGCUGUACUGAUAUCCCAGGAAUUAUAUAUGCUGUUGGAGGACUCACCUCAUCAGGUGAUUCCCUCAGUACUGUAGAAUGCUUUGAUCCUGUGAAUCGAAGGUGGAAGAUUGCUGAAGCUAUGAGCACAAUGCGCAGUCGGGUUGGUGUGGCAGUUCUUAACUCCAAGCUGUAUGCUAUUGGUGGUUAUGAUGGCCAUGAUCGCCUCAGCACAGUUGAAGUGUUUAAGCCUGACACAAAACGAUGGAGGAAAGUGGCCUCCAUGAACUGCAAAAGAAGUGCUCUGGGUGCAGCUUCACUUGGAAGGAAGCUUUAUAUUUGUGGUGGCUAUGAUGGAGUGUCCUCACUGCGGUCAGUUGAAGUUUAUGAUCCUAAAAUCAAUGUCUGGACAAUAAUUUCGAACAUGUUGAAACAUCGCAGUGCAGCAGGAGUGGCUGUGUUGGAUGAAGAAAUUUAUGCUUGUGGAGGACAUGAUGGAUUAUCAAUAUUUGAUUCAGUUGAAUGCUACAACCCGGCGACAAACACUUGGUGGAUGGUGCAGCCUAUGCAAUCCAAGCGUUGCCGUCUGGGCGUGGCCACCCUCAAUGGCAGGUUGUAUGCUGCAGGCGGCUACGACGGUUCUGUAUUCUUGCGCACAGUUGAAUGCUAUGACCCACGUACUCAGAAGUGGAACUACGUAAAAGCAAUGAACAUGAAACGCAGUCGAGUUGCUCUGGUAGCAACGUGCGGCAAGUUGUAUGCCAUCGGAGGUUAUGAUGGUGUAACAAAUCUGAAUAGUGUUGAGAUGUACGACCCAGAACUAGACACCUGGAUAUUUGUGGCCUCAAUGUGUGCCCAUGAAGGUGGUGUAGGGGUUGGAGUGAUGCCAAUUGAGCCAGAAAUCUAA